AUGACGCGACACGAUGGAAGCUCGCAGGUGCCGAUCAUCUUUGAGCGGCAGCCAAACGUCCGGCAGAUCUUGGCGCUGCAGGACUAUGCGCUCGACCAGAUCUGGUGGAACGCGCCCCUCGUCAUCAGCCAGGCGCUGCUCCUCGCCGAGGUCCUCCGCACCUACCCGGCCGAGGCGGCCAUGCUGCGCCGCAUCUACGUCCGCAAGAAGCUCAACCUCGCCGAGAUGAUGUUCUUUUCCAUCAAGUACACGUCGCUCCUGUCGGUCAUCCUCACCACGCUGGUGCAGCUGACCAAGGUGCCCGGGACGGAUGCAAGGUGCAUGGCCUUCUCGUGGGCGUCCAACAUCUUGACGUUCGCCAUCUGCACGCUGGUCGUGGCGACGAUUGCCUGGCGCACGUCGAUCAUCUUUCACCGCUCGAGGCGGGUGCUUGCGCUCCUCGGCGCCGGCCUGCUGGUCCAGGUCGGUCUGACUGCCUGGGCAGUCAUCAACUACUACCGCACGCCCAUCGCGCUGCCCAACGGCCUGUGCGCGCCGCAGCAGACGAACCACAAGGCGGACCCGAGCUUCUUUGAGCUCUCGACGUUCUGGUACGUGCUGUACAACGCGCUCUUCGACCUGGCCAUGGUGGUCUCGUCGUCGGCGCGGCUGUGGCAGAGCGCGCGCGGUCCGCUGGGCUUUGCGCGCGUCUCGUCGCUGCUGUUUGCCAACAACGUGCACUACGCCAUCUGCGCCGACGUCGUCAACCUCGUCGAGCUGGUGACGAUCCUCGGCUUCCGCGGCAGCGUGCCGAGCUACCAGUACCUCGUCAUCGCCAUCCAGGGCAUGGUGGGCAUGCAGAUGCUCAUCACCGAGCAGGAGGCCGUCUACGCCCCUCGCGGCGCGACGGUGGCGUCGUACAACUUUCCGCUGCAGAGCAUCGGCGGCAGCCACCACGGCGGUGGCGGCGCGUAUGGCGGCGGCGGCGGCGGUGGUGGUAGUGGAUGUGCCACGUCCGCCGGCUUCGCGCACGGCGGCGGUGCGGGCUCGACGUCGUUGUCGUCUGCGCAGGCGCUGCGAAAGAGCAAGCACCACGCAGAUGCCACAUCGAUGGGCUCGCUGGCUACGCUGAACAUGACGACGCUCAGCGAGCCCGACGAGCCGCGGAUGCGCGUCUCGACGGCGUUUGAGCGCAGCGUCGACCACCCGCGAUCGGGCACGCCGGCGCCGUUUAGCGAGAAGAGCGCGCCGCCGCUUGCGCCCGUGGCGGGCCAGGACCUCGUGCUGUCGAUGACGACGAUCACCACUACCGCCACGAGCUACGCGGACCCGGAUGGCAAGACGGCGCCCUCGCUGGCCUUUACCCGGCUGCGGCAGCGGCACCAUGCCAGCGACGGCGGCAUCCUCGACGAUUCCCUCGACGACGACGACGACGACGACGACCUGAAGCAGAGCCCGAAGGAGCGAGGCGCCGUCGUCCCCCACGGGCCGGGAGCCGGUACCGGCGGGCUGGGACGAAAGGGGACAGGGGCAGUGAAGGAACUCGAGCACACGUGCGGCAACGGCGAGCCCGUCAAGGACCACAAGGGCAUCGGCAUCGACGUCGACGAUGUCAAGAGCCACGCGUCGAGCGACGACACGCGCGAGAUGAUCGUAGACCUCGCCGAUCCCGCCGUGUCGCGCUCGUCGUCCUUCUCGUCGUCGUCGUCGUCGGCGUCGUCCUUCACCUUGUCGGGAUGCCCUCCACCCUCCAAGGUCUUUGCCGCCACAUCCUCACCGACAACGACGACGACGGUGGAGACCAGCAAGCCUCUGGCGCCGCAGCCUCCGACGUGCGACGGUCCGCGCGGCAUCGAGGGCCGUCGUGCGCCCUCUCCGAUCCCGUACCACCCCCCGCAGCUGCUCGACCAUCCGUACACCCAACGACCUCGGACGGCCGAUAGGCCUCCUGCCUCGGCACCCGCGUCGUCGUUGGCAUCCCUUUCCCAUUCCUCGAAGCAGGGACGGGCGGCGGCGGUCAUCGUGCACCUCGACGACGUUGAUGCUUCAGACGACGAACACGCUCGCGCCCCGCACGGGCACCGGCAGCGGGAGCGGGACGGCGAGACGAGUCCCGGCUCGGCCUUUUCCGUCGAUGGCGCGCACCACCGUUCGCUGCGCCACGUGGGCGGAAGCGUCCAGUCGCUCAAGCAGACGGUGCGCGAGCGCCUCGAUUCGAUCCGCGCUCGCGCGCUCUGA